AUGUAUUGUGUACUGCUAAAAAAAGACACACAGAGAGACAGAUUUCUCAAAUCCAUUUAGUGGACACAAUGUGACCCACUUACUCAGGUUUCCAUCCACGCGGACUGUAAGUCCGUCACAAACUAACAAUUGAUUUUCAGGGAAGCAGCAGGAGAUGAUUUGCAGAACCCCCACCAGGAUCUUCAACCGUAAUGAACAUGCUUGUUUCGAAGAAACCUGUUUGAGAAUUCUGUCAUUCUGCAAAUCUAGGUCUUUGGAAGAGGGAAUUUGUGUUCACAGCCCCAUUGUAAAACUGGGACUUCAAUAUGAUUUAUAUUUGAGCAACAAUCUGUUGACCCUUUACGGGAGAUGCUUUGGAGCAGAGAAAGCACACCACUUCUUCGACGAAAUGCCGCAUAGAGACGUUGUGUCUUGGACGGGGGUCCUUUCUGCAUAUUCAAAGUGUGGGAACCAUGAAAAAGCGCUUGAAUUAUUUGAUGUAAUGGUAGCUUCUGGGGUGUGCCCGAAUGAGUUUACGUUGUCAAGUGCAUUAAGGUCGUGUUCCACUCUAGGAAAUUUCAACUGUGGAACUUGUAUUCAAGGUUACAUGAUAAAGCAGGGUUUCAAAGAGAACCCAAUUCUUGUAAGUAGUUUGAUUGAUUUGUAUUCGAAGUGUGGGUAUACUGAGGACGCUUAUAAGUUGUUCACUUUGGAGUUGGAUAAUGGUGAUACUGUCUCUUGGACAACGAUGAUCUCUUCAUUUGUUCAAGCUCAGAAAUGGAGCCAGGCCUUAAGACUUUAUGCCAAUAUGAUUGAGGCAGGGAUUCCUCCAAAUGAGUAUACUUUUGUGAAACUUUUAGCGGCAUGUGGUGUUCUUGGGUUAAAUCAUGGGAAGUUGAUUCAUGGUCAUAUGAUAUUGUGGGGGGUUAAUCUGAAUUUGGUCUUGAAGACAGCUUUAGUUGAUAUGUACUCAAGAUGCAAAAGAAUGGAAGAUGCUAUAAAGGUCUCAAAUUUGACACCGGUUUAUGAUAUUUUCUUAUGGACUGCUAUCAUUUCUGGGUUUUCACAAAACUUCAUGUUCAAAGAGGCAGUUGCUGCAUUUCAUCAGAUGGAGAUCUCUGGAAUUUUACCUAAUAAUUUCACAUACUCAAGUAUCUUGAAUGCUUGCUCGUUGAUUCCAUCUCUGGAGCUUGGGAAACAGAUCCACUCACGGGUCAUCAUUGCUGGUUUGAAAAAUGAUGUUUCUGCUGGAAAUGCACUUGUUGACAUGUAUGUCAAAUGCUCCCACGAAAUAGAAGAUGCCUUGAAAGUAUUUAAAGCAAUAAGCUCACCAAAUGUCAUUUCUUGGACCUCCUUGAUUGCAGGUCUUUCUGAACGUGGUUUUCAACAGGAUUCUUUUUAUUUACUUAGGGCAAUGCUAGCUGUUGGAGUAAAACCAAAUACUUUUACUAUGUCCAGCAUUCUUGGGGUCCGUAAUGCUCUAAAAUCUGUUCAUCAAACAAUGAUGCUACAUGGGUACAUGAUUAAAACCCAAUUAGACCAUUACAAAGUUGCUCAGAAUGCUCUUCUAGAUACUUAUGCCAGACUAGGCAUGCUUCAUGAUGCCUUCCAAGUAGCUAGCUUGAUGAGUCACAGAGAUGCAGUCACGUACACAAGUUUAGCAGCAAGAAUGAAUCAGAUGGGUCAUCAUGAGUUGGCAUUGCACAUCAUCUCUGGCAUGAAUGAUGAUGAUGUUAAGGUCGAUGAAUUUAGUCUAGCCAGUUUCUUGUCUUCAUCUGCUAGUUUGGGCAAGAUGGAAACUGGGAAGCAACUUCACUGUCAUUCCAUAAAGUCUGGCUUAGGCAGCUGGAUUUCAGUGUCAAACAGCCUAAUCGACAUGUAUGGAAAAUGUGGAUUCCUACAUGAGGCACAAAAGGUUUUUGGGGAGAUAACUGAGCCAGAUGUGGUAUCUUGGAAUGGGUUGAUUGCUGGAUUAGCGUCAAAUGGGCAGAUCUCUUCUGCUUUCUCAGCUUUUGAUGAUAUGAGGUUAGCAGGAGUCAGACCUGAUUCUAUUUCAUUCUUAUUGGUGCUUAAUGCUUGCAAUAACGGUAAGUUAGUUGACCUUGGUCUUGAGUAUUUUCAAUCUAUGAAAGGAAUGCAUGACAUAAAACCUCAGUUGAAUCACUAUAUUUACCUAGUUGGUCUGCUUGCUCAAGCUGGCCGUCUAGAGGAGGCAAUGGAAGUGAUAGAAACCAUGCCUUUUAGGCCAAAUGCUUUGAUCCACAAGACAAUACUUAGAGCCUGCAAAGCACAUAGGAACAUACCUCUUGCUGAAGAUGUGGCAAGACGAGGACUUGCGCUUGAACCAUCAGAUCCAGCAUUCUAUCUGCUGCUAGCAAAUCUGUAUGAUGAUUCCGGCAUGCAUGAGUUUGGUGAGAAGACUCGCCAAGCAAUGAGGAAAAGAGGUUUGAGGAGGAAUCCUGGCUGGAGUUGGAUAGAGGUUAGGAACAAAGUUCAUCUCUUUGUCACACAAGAUAGAUCACAUCCACAGUUAAAUGAAAUUCAUAAGAAGUUGGAUUCACUCAUGGCUGACUUCGACAAACAUGGAUAUCCAUAUCAAGGUGAUGGAGACUCUUCUUAUCACAGUGAGAAGUUAGCUGUUGGAUUUGGUCUCCUGAAUUUACCACCAAAGGCUCCAAUCUGUAUUAUGAAGAAUAAUACCAUUUGCAGAGAUUGCCAUGAGUUCAUGAAAUUUGUGACUCGUUUGAUAAACAAUGAAAUCAUUGUAAGAGAAGGAAACCGGUUGCAUUCCUUCAAGAAGGGUGAAUGCUGAUGCAGAUGCUAUGGAUAAAUUUCUUACUUGGCUCUGCUACAAUUAUGAUAGAUACGAGAUUAUGGUCAUUGAUGGUCAUGAUCCUAUUGUAAAUGCAUGGCACAAUUACCAUCUUGUUCCAUGAAAUUUUGCUGCAAAGUUGCAAGUACCAAGCUUAAGAAAUGUCUGCGUUGUAU